AAAAGAAAAAAAAAAAAAAAGAAAAAUGCCUAUAUUGCCUACUACUUCACCGCGAUCUACAUUUCCUUCUGAUACACAUCAUAAAAGAAGGCGACCAACAUACUGGUCAGCCUCUAUUCCGAUAUUUUUACGAAGACUAUUUAGGUUUCCACAAAUGGAUUUUGAAUUUGCUCUUUGGCAAAUGCUUUAUUUAUGUAUAGCGCCAAGAAGAGUAUAUCGAAAUAUCUAUUAUCAUAAACAAACAAAAAAUCAGUGGGCAAGAGAUGAUCCAGCUUUUGUUGUAAUAUUAUCAUUUUUUUUAGGAGUAUCAGCAAUUGCAUGGGGAUUAGUGUAUGGACAUGGAUUCAUAGGAAUUCUUAAAAUGAUAUUAUUUAUGGUAUUUAUAGAUUUUGUAGUAGUUGGAAUGGUAAUUUCUACAAUUUGCUGGGCAUUUGCAAAUAGAUUCUUAACACAUAGACAUACACUUCAUGCAGUUGAACAAACAGUAGAAUGGGCAUAUGCAUUUGAUGUACAUUGUAAUUCAUUUUUCCCUUUAUUCCUAAUAUUAUAUGUAGCUCAAUUUUUUUUAAUGAGAGUUUUGGUAAAAGAUAUUUGGAUUUGCUUAUUUCUUGGAAAUACAAUGUAUUUAGUUGCAAUAGGAUACUACUGUUAUAUUACUUUUCUGGGAUAUAAUGCAUUACCAUUUCUCUUACAUACUGAAAUGUUUUUGUAUCCUGUUGUUAUGUUUUUAAUCAUUUAUUUUAUAUCAUUAUUUGGUUUUCAUAUUAGUGCAAAUGUAUUAAGAUUAUAUUUUGGUGAGUAAGGAAAAAAAAUCGAGAGGUUUUUUUUUGUACAAAAAAAGAAAAGAAAAAGAAAAAA